AUGUCCUUUUAUUACAAACUGUUCUUCUUUCCAGUUGCAGAAUCAAAACCUGUGUAUCGCGAGGGCAAUAGCGCCUCUUCCACGAGAACCUUCCUGAGACGUACAUUCAUUAAACACGAGUUUCAUCACUUGAAUGUCCCGCUUGUUGGAACAGUGGCAGUGUCUGAUGCGUUUGACUGCACGUUAGAAUGCCUCGGCAAUCCGUUUUGUCUCUCUGUAAACCUGGCCGCCUUCAAAGGAGCCCAUGGAAAGCUUUGGUGCGAAUUGUUGUCAUCUGAUAAAUUCAGAAACUCCACAGAGUAUAAAGGAAAUAAAAGUUCGCAUCAUUUUGCCAUUGAGUCACCUUGCUCUUCGUCACCUUGUCAACACGAGGCUACAUGUGUCACAAACUACAGAGAUGGCUCAUUCGGAUGCCGCUGUGCAAAAGGCUUCAUAGGAGAAUAUUGUGAAAAAGGUGAAUAGUUUGGCAUGGUUUUGUGACUGAUAUACAUCCAAUAACAUUAAAUACUAUAAUUCUCAAGUGACUGCCAUAAAUUUUACUACUAAACCUCGUAGCUCGAAAAUGUUCUAAAAUAGCUAGCGAAAAUAGAUAACUAAAAAACAUUUAAUGCAAUGCUCAAAGAUGUUGAAUCUCUCGAUGCUCAAGUUGAUUAAGCAUCUGACUGCGAAAUCGAAAGGUCUGAAGUGAGAAAAACUGAAUAUCUAAUUUUAUUUUUACUUCUUC